UAAUGACGAGUCUUGAACCCAUAACUUAUGGGUUAGAAGCAAGCCAGCACCAACAGUGCCACGGCGCCGAACAAAACUGCUUUCGACGUGUUUAGAUAAGUAGUCACAACUUCAUAAGACUAAACAAUCUUAAAAAUCACAGGCUGUUUAAUUGGAAUCAAGAGUAUUAUGGCUGAAACUGGUAAUGCCCCGGAAAAUAAUUCAGAGACACAUACUUCUGUGAAUCUUGGAGUUGAAAAGAAGGAAGUUCUAGAUGCAACAACACCUGAUCCUGGAGACCGAUUCCGUGGAAACGGUUCAAGUUUUAAAGCGAAACUUAUUGGUGUUGAUGAUGUGCCUGAUUCAAGAGGAGACCAAAUGUGCCAGGAAUCCAUACUUAAACUUAAGGCGGUUGUUAAAGCCUCUGGUCAACACAAAACAAAGAUUAUCGUAAAUGUUUCAUUAGCUGGUUUAAAAAUUAUUGACAUUUCAACAGGGACAAUAUUACAUACCCACCCUGUGCACCGUAUCUCAUUUAUUGCACGCGAUCUCACGGAUCGCCGAGCAUUCGGUUACAUCUUUGGAGUAGAAACGGGAAAGCAUCAAUUUUUCGGGAUCAAAACAGCGAAAGCAGCAGAAACUUUGGUUCUGACAUUGCGGGAUUUAUUUCAAGUUGUGUAUGAUAUGAAGAAGAAGGAGAUGGAGGAGGUAAAUAAUAAAAAACAAGAUCAAUCAGAGGAAGUAUAUGCAGUGCCAAGUAACCGACCAAUCAACCAUGUAGAUCAACCUCCACAAAACAAUGACAUUGUAAAUCUAAAACAAGAACUCCAUAAUAUACAUCAAAUGUCAGAACUGGAUGCAUUUAAUCCAUGGCCAGAUAAUGUACCAACAUCUCCCGACACACCGGUGUCCCCGAGUGCCGAACCAGACAUGUUUGGAAUGAGUGACCAAAAUGUUCCAAAACGAAACGCAUCUUACAGUAAUGACUUGGAAGCUCUAAGUCUUAAUGCUGUUCAACCAGCUCCCAAUCCUGGUGCAAAAUUAACGAAGGACCAAAUACUUGCAAGCUUUCAACAAGGCAAUGCACAACAAAAUCCAGCUCAAUUCUUCAACGUUCAGCAACAACAACCUGUAUUUAGUGUACAGCAACAACAACAACAACAACAACAACAACCUGUGUUUGGUGUACAACAACAACAACAACAACAACAACAACCUGCAUUUGGUGUACAACAACAACAAAAUCCUGCUUAUGGUAUUCAACAAAGCAUGUAUGCAGGUCAAAAAGCUGGUAACCUUUCCAUGCCAUCUCAACCAUACGCACAACCAGCAGUUGCACCAGCUUUCCCAUCAGGUCCAGCACCUAACAUACCAGUUCGCACAGGAGCCAUGCAACCCCCUAAUUUCUCAGUUCAAGGUGGAGCUCCACAGAAUCCAUUCGGUGAUCCUUUUUUGUCUAGCCCUGAUCCAAUCUUAGCACCUGUCAAUCAAAUCCCAGAUUCUCUUAAUCCGCAAGCGGAUAAGAAAGAGAAACCUGAUCCAUUUGCAAGUCUCAUUCCAGGCAUGGGCUCAUCUGCUGCAUCAAACAAGAAAGAUAUGUUUAAGAAUUUCCAAAUGUCCAAACCAGCCCCUCCACCACGCAGCAAUGAAUCAGUAUCCCCCAACUUUGACAGUUAUCUUCGUAACUCUGUUGGAGGUGUUCCAGUAGACACAGAUGGGUUAACUGCCCCAACACCGACACCCAGAACAAACAUAGGAGCACCGAUCACAAAUUCUAACUCAGUGCCUGACUUUCAAAAUGAUCCUUUUGCAUCUAUAAAUUCAACGCUUACUAAUGGAAGUCAAGACUUGUUUAUGAAUCAGAAUUCUCUAUUUGAAUAAAGAAUUACUGCUGAAUGAAAUAAAAUGGUAGGAACUUGGAGUUCGUUCAGUUUUUGUGCAAUAUUUGUAAAUUUUGAUUCAUGUUUCAACAUAAAAAAAAACAUUAACAUUGCAGUGGUCUAAUCCCUGCACAGUGCCAACUUUGUAACGUUAGGUUUAUAUUAAGACAUACUGUAGUGUUAAACUUUGUACAUUUCUUUAUGCUAAUAAUUUUACUUUUACAUUUAAUUUUAACACACUGAAAUACUUGAAUAUGUUAUCGUGCAAUGAGCAUAUAUGCACUUAUAUUAUUGUAUUGUUUCAGUGUAAAAAAUGAUUAUGUUUCAUUAAUUUUAUGUUAUUUUCAUUAGUUUUAAAGUAAUUAUUUAAUUUGUCGUCAACAAUGCAUUCAAAUUUAUUCACGAUGCUCAAAAAUAGGAAUUUAGCUGAUACUUUU